UUAUAGAAUAAGUCACCGGCGAAUGAUCUGUGAGAGGCGCCACCGUGAAAAAAUGGAUAAAUCAACCGUCGUCGGCAAGUGUCGUAAUCAUUUCUGGUGCGUCAUCUUCUCAUCCAUUUUCUUAUGGUUCUUCUUAUUUUACUUCCAUUCUUCUGCUCUCAUCAGUAGCAAGAACGUGGUCCGAUCAUUACACAACGAGUAUUCUAUUGCCGAGCCAAACUCUAUUGGCUUCACAGAAACCAGUAAACGAAUAAAUUCAACGGAGAACAGAGAGGAACCCAUUACAGGGGAUGGAAUCAAGGUGGAGAAUCAGAGGAAAAACUCAGAAAGUCCGAAUCACUCACGUAUUACAGGUAAUGAAACUAAGUCCUCCAACAAAGGAAUCAUCUCUGGCGAGGAAAAACAAGAACUUUCCGAAGGGAAUGAAUCGGAAAAUGAACCACCGGUUUCAGAAACAGAGGAGAGGGGAGACCUUAUUCAUGAGCAAACCAUCACGGAAAGGAGAACCGAACCGGUUGGCGACGAUUCCGAUGUAGAGAUCAGGGACCAACCGUCGGUUAUUAGAGGGUCGAAACCAACUUCCGAUGAAGAAGAAGAAGAAGAAAGAAUUUCCGAUCAGGCCGAACUGGAAACGGGGGAGGGAAAGGGAGAACCUGUAUCCAAUCGCAACAACUCUGAUAUGGAGAACGGGUUCGAACCAGUCAACCGAACCCGGUCGAAGCCCAGUUCGGUACCCGCAGACAUACAGUCUCCAGUUAACCGGCAACCGGAGAUAGAGAACCGGCCGAAACCGAGAUCAGAUCAGUGUUCAGGUCAGUACGUCUAUGUUCAUCCUUUACCGCGCCGGUUUAACGAUGACAUACUGAAGGAAUGUCGGAGAAUCAGUUUGUGGACAGACAUGUGCCGGUUCAUUACCAAUAAGGGCUUGGGCCCUCCGAUUGGGAAUUCCAAAGGAGUCUUCUCCAACACGGGCUGGUACGCUACAAACCAAUUCACAUUGGAUGUCCUCUUCUACAACAGAAUGAAGCAAUACAAAUGCUUAACCAAUAACUCUUCCAUGGCUUCAGCCAUUUUCGUCCCCUUCUAUGCAGGCUUCGAUAUCUCUCGUUACCUGUUUGGGUUCAACACAACAGUGAGAGACUCGACUUCUCUUGCCCUUAUCAAAUGGCUCACUGAAAAACCCGAAUGGAAGGUUUUAGGAGGAAGAGAUCACUUCUUAGUUUCAGGAAGAAUCACUUGGGAUUUCAGGAGAUUGACAGAUGAGGAUUCAGAUUGGGGGAACAAGCUCAUGUUAUUGAAUGAAGCCAAGAACAUGACAAUGUUAGUGAUCGAAUCGAGCCCGUGGCACCGUAACGAUAUCGGAAUUCCUUAUCCUACUUACUUCCACCCUUCAAGAGAUAUCGAGGUAUUUCAAUGGCAGAACAGAAUGAGGAGAUCUAAGAAGCGUUACCUGUUUUCUUUCGCUGGCGGCCCACGUCCCAAUCUUCCAGGAUCUAUCAGAGGUCAGAUCAUGGAGCAAUGCCAAGCUUCAAGGAGGAAGUGUAAGUUGCUGGGAUGUUACAACAAAUCAAACAAGUGUGACAAUCCAGGUAAUGUCAUGAAGCUAUUCCAAAGCUCUGUUUUCUGUUUACAGCCUCCAGGGGAUUCUUAUACUCGAAGAUCGGCUUUCGAUUCGAUACUUGCUGGGUGUAUACCGGUGUUCUUCCAUCCGGGUUCUGCUUAUGUGCAGUAUAUAUGGCACCUCCCUAAGAAUUAUACUACAUACUCUGUUCUUAUAUCAGAGGAUGAAGUAAGGGAAGGGAAGGUUAAUAUAGAGAAGAGACUAAGUAGGAUUCCUAAAGAGCAGGUGAGAGCAAUGAGGGAGCAAGUGAUAAGGUUGAUUCCAAGGGUGAUAUAUGCAGACCCAAGGUCUAGAUUGGAGACUCUAGAAGAUGCAUUUGAUUUAGCUGUUCAAGGAGUGAUCAGAAGGGUUGAUAGAGUGAGAAAAGCGAUUAUAGAUGGAGUGGAUCCUGAUGCGGGUUACAAAGAAGCAAACAGUUGGAAGUAUAAUUUGUUUGGCACAGAGGUAGAAAAUGAAUGGGAUCAUUUCUUUGCUAAACCAAUUAGAUCAAUCUCUUACUAAGAACUAGUAACAGAAAGUAACAGAGAAGAAACAAUACUCAAUGUAGUUGUAGAUUGGCAAGCUUCUUCAUGCAUGGCUUCUUGUUUUAUAUUUAGACUAGCUUAAUAGUUCUCUAAUACCUUUGUUUUGUUGUGU